AUGCUUCGGGUGACUGCUUGCAUUUUUGUUGCUUUCAUCAGCUCCUUUGUAAAGGGCCAGGAAGGUAUGUUGACAACAUUCUCAGGCUUUUUCCACACCAGUCCCUUUGUAGGGGCUCUGUCACGGCUCUCUGGUUCGUUUUAUUAUUAUGAUUGCGCAUCCUUUAUCGCUUUGAAACUUAACGUUAGCGAAUAAGUUGUAAAUGUCGACAGCCUCCUGUCAAUUAUACAAUUUUCAUACCAAUUAAGUAUUUUAUGUCCGAUUGACUGCAAUAAGAAAAAAUUAUCAUUUCCUUGAGAACAUAAUAUGCAUGUACUUGAUUUAAAAGAAAAUAUAGGAACACAUUUCAAAUGUUAGACCAAACAAAUUCUUCAGUGUGUAUGUUUUAGUUUUAGUUUUAGCUUUUUUGUUUUUUAUCUCAGGUAAUUUUUGUUUUUCUUUUGCAUUUGGUACGGUAAUGUAUGCGAAUGAAGUUGAAACAAAAGAAAAAGAAAAAAUACCUGUGAUAAAACAUUAACUACCACUUAUAUAUGGAGUGUAACUGUUCAAUGUAGGGCCUGUUUACAUGAAGGUGGGGACCCCAGGUAGGUGAGGUAACAUGUGACGGGUUACCCCACCUAUCAUGUAAAUGUGAUCAAAUUAAAAGGAGAGAUUGUAUGGACAGGCGGGUUACCCCACCUAAGCGGGUUACCUCACCUACCUGGGGUCCCCCACCUCCAUGUAAACAGGCCCUUAAUUAUGUACAAGGAUCGUAUUUGCAGGUUUUUACCUUUUCCGAGCUCAAGAACUCUCACUAUCAAAACGAGGCUAAGUGCCAAACAUUUCCUGUGAAAACGAUAUUUGCAUAAAACUAAAACACCAUUUUCAUAUCAAUAGUUUCUGCUACGCACUUAGCCUUGCUUUGAAAGAGAGGCUUGGGGCAUCUCGGAAAUAGCCUAUUGUCUGUGUUUGUUGUGCUCUAGAUUACUCCCUGGAGUUCCCUAAGCAAGGCGUUACCGAUUAUGUGAAUAUCUGGGGCAUGCGCAGUUUAACACAAUUUACGAUUUGUUUGUGGAUGAAGACAGCAACAGGAAACUCAGCACCAUUCAGCUAUGCGCCAACGAAAUCUCUAAACAAUGAGUUGCUUAUUUUCGAUCCAGAUGAUGUUCACCUGUAUAUUGGUAAUGACCAUAGGUAAGUAGGCAAUACUGUAUUCACUCGAAAGAGCACCACAUUUUUCCUCUAGCAAUACAGCGUUUAUUGCCUGGUGGGGUAAAGGCCCAUCGCAUAUAUGGUCCAUAGCCAUUUAUAUAACUUGGUAGUUUGAGGCACUAAGAGAGGGACACAAUGCAUUUCCAUUGCAGACACGCCCGAAUUUUACUUCUAAUUGUUUUAAAGUCAAAAAAAGGGAGAAUUAACGUCAGAAGGAAUUGUUUGCGCCGUUCAAUUAACUCGCUGGUAGGGUCAUAGGUCUUAAACACGUGGCUUCGUCGGAAGGGGAGAGCAGUGCCAAUUCUUGCAUAACGUUUAAAUUCUGCCGACCAAUCCCUUUCCCUUUCUCAAAAUAAGGAUGUAGCCUUAUUCCGUCAGAGGGUGAGAGCAAUGCCAAUUCUUGCGUAACUUUUAAAUUCUACCGACCAAUCCUUUUCGGCCUGAGUUACUGUAAAUUGUCUAUUUAUCUAUUCUAUUUAUUUAGUUCUGGAGACCUGGACACAGACCAACCUAAAGGGAAUGUGUACGAAAGGGACUUAGGUCCCAUGCGAGGUGCCAUCCCUACCCAAUCCCACAACCCGUUAAGGUUGGCCACACCACCGGGUCCUCCACCCCUACUCUUUUCGAAUAGUGAUGCGGGCUCAUUUACGUCCCACAAGAACAAAUGAGUGAAAGUGUUGUGAGACGGAACCUACGGUUUUUCGUCUUUAUCCGAGAAGACUAGAAAUUAGUAUAACCAUUUGCAGAUGUCAUUACGGAGGCAGCACUUUCUUCUCAGUUGUUUAAAGAGCCUGGAUGUUGGUCCUUUUGGGGUUUGAACCCGCGACCUCCCUUUCGAUAGACCGGCGCUCUCCAAACUGAGCUAAUCAGGCGGCGGUUAUUAUUAUCAUUAUUUAUUUACUUUAAUUUUUUUUUAAUUUUUAUUGCAUGUUUUCGCAUAUUUGUAUAUUUGUAGUGAGGUAUUCGUACUUAUUUCUGAUGUUUUUACUGUUGCCAUUUAGUUGUAAGCUUUAUCUUGGGAUGUAAUAUCACUGAUUAUAAGAAUGAUAAGUUAUUGAUGUCGCCUGAUCUUUGUCCCAGGUCUGUGGGCAUAACUGCAGACGAUAACAAAUGGCAUCAGAUAUGUGUGACUUGGGAAAACAGUAAGGGCGAAUGGAAAAGCUACAAAGAUGGAGUAUUUGUGAAAUCAGGCGUAGACUUCAAGAAAGGUUACACCAUAAAUGCUGAGGGUUCCUUGAUGCUUGGGCAAGAGCAGGACGAUGUCGGCGGAGGUUUCGACUCAACACAGUCGUUUGUUGGGAGACUGGCAAAUGUUAAUGUGUGGUCGUAUGUGUUACCAGGUUCUACCAUCAAUGAGUUGUCAAAAUGCUGCUUGACAGGGGAAGGAAAUGUUUACAAGUGGUAUGAUUUCUUAUAUGGAAUAAAAGGCAACGUACGUUUACGGAUUCCAGCAGGAUGUCCUUGUACCUUCUAA